AUGCAUUCAACCCUGGCUGACCUUGAAGCUUUUCCCAAGCAGGAAGUGAAGGCCAAGGCAGAGUUUUCAACUGCUUGGCUGAUACUGUUGAAGGCAUGCCCCAGUAGGCACACAGAGCCCCUCAUGAAAGACUGGGAGGUAUACUGGUUCCAGGCAUUUAAGGACUCCCCGCUUUCACCGCCGGCGCCCGGCCAGCAUCUGGUGAUUUUGAAAAGGAACGUGAACAGCCAAGAUGAAAACCCCUGCUUCCUUUACCUGAGAUGUGACCCUCCUGGAGGUGAAGAAAUCGUUUCUAUUGGCAUUUUAAGUUCAGCCAGAAAUAUGGAAGUAUACUCGGGAGAGGAGUACUGUGGAACCAGUAGGGGCAAGAAUGUUUGUAAUGUUCUGGAUAACAGUGAACAUGAAAAGAUUAUUUUGUACAAAAAAUAUCUAAAAUUGGAGUCUUCCACACAUGCUUGUAAAAUAAAGAAUUGUAUUCCCAUCGGAGAGCAGCUUCAGUCAGUUUUGGGAAGCACUGGAUUCAAGCACAUGAUCGGACUGCAAUCAUCAUCUGCUUCAGGGGCCUUCGACAAGUCAUCCCCCACGCCUUUCCCUUCCAGGACUGGAUUGACAUCUGGAAACGUGGCUGAAGACUUAAAAGCUUACAUUGAUAAAAGUACGCAGCCAGCUGGUGGAGGAAAUGUGACAAGCCUCCAAGAGUGUAAAAUUGUGCCACAAAACCAUUCUCUUCCUGAGAAUGAUCUUAAGAAUGCAGUAUCUUCUUUGUUACCAAAGAAAGCAAGUGACAACUCCCAUGUACCCAACUCUGAGUUGCUGCCUGUUCUGCAGAAUCUGUGUAGUCAAGUGAACCGUCUCCGUGUGGGACCCAACACCAAGUGGCAGGAAAGCAUCAGCAAGCCCGGCGAAGGCACUGUUGGUGUCACAAUGGAAGAGCAAUCCAUUUGUUCCUACUUGGAAAAGAUUCUUUCUAAAAAUAUGGAACUGAUGGAAAAGAAACUUAUGGAAUACAUUGAUCAGCGAAUAUAUAAACUCCAGGAGCACAUAGAUAAUAAGAUUGCUUUGUUAGUGGACUUGCUGCAAAGUCCCAACUCCCCACCCUCUGGCAUGCCUCUAAGACAUUAUGAUUCUGGAGAAAGACUUUCCAAUGGAGAAAGAUAG